CGAAAACUCGCCAUGGAAACAUCUAGGCAAGCACUUUUGUUAACUUUGCCUCUACAAAGAAUCUUCUUAGGCUAGAUACCAGAGAGCAUAUACAUUAGUGAUCACAGCUUCGCGAGUGCUGUGAAUGGGAUUUUUAGUAGCUUGGUCAAAACUCAAAGCAUUCGAUAGAAUACACAAAGUAUCAUAAUUACUAUGUCACUGAAUGAAAGGCUAAAUUUGAUCCCCAUGUUUGAAGAUACCCCUAUUAAUGAAAACAGACUUACCACUAACCACAUUUCCAUUCAUAUGUGUACAUUGAAAGCGAGAGUUUCAGAUAUCAUGUUACUAUCAAUUGCACCACAUUCUCUGCACUUUGCAAUGCAUCUCACCUGAAAUGUGCAGUUGCAAUCAGAGUAUGCCGGCGGCGCCAACAUGUAUAAAAGACAAACAAGAUGCAAAUAGGGUCAAUUCAAAUCUGGAGCGUAACCAAGUCACACUGAUUACGAUGAACUACAAGUUUAUAAUCUUGUUCGGACUCAUUUCGAUUGUAAACGGAGGAGUCAUCCCGGAGGUAAAAACUUCAAAGGAACCCAAUACAACUGUUUCUCCGAAGGAAUCGCAAGAGGAAGACGAUUAUGAUUCAAACCCAAAAUAUAACUUCCAAUAUGAUGUUAAAGAUUUCACAACUGGUGAUAACAAAAACCACAAGGAAAGUCGAGAUGGUGACGUGGUUCAUGGACAAUAUUCUGUCGCAGAUCCUGAUGGAUUUAAGAGGGUGGUCGAUUAUACUGCAGACUCAAUCAAUGGAUUCAAUGCAGUUGUUCAGCGUCAAAUACUCCCGGAACCCGGCAGUGUAGUUAUAGAUAAAAAGGAAUCACCAGUGGAAAAGAGUAAACAUGUCGCUCAUGAAAACUUAAUACCAAUUUCGGCUCUUUCUAAACCAGUGAGAACGAAUAAAGUUCAGAUUGUAGUGAUCCCUGAUUCUGUCGUUCGGCCGUCCAAAAUCACUCUGUUAACACGAAGUGAAGGAUCCAUCCAGGAAGGGAGUAUUCAACGUUUGAUUGUUCAUAAGUCUAAUAUCUAAGGUCGAUACUAAUAAGAAUAUACUAGUCAAAACUGAAUGUAUGAGUGUGGAUGAUAAUGGGUGAAAAUUAUGGAUGUUGAAU